AUGGUACAAGGCAAUGAUACCUCAGUUUCAGAAUUUAUUCUCCUGGGAUUAGCAGAGGAACCAGAACUACAGCCCCUCAUAUUUGGGCUUUUCCUGUCCGUGUGCCUGAUCACUGUGUUGGGAAACCUGCUCAUCAUCCUGGCCGUCCGCUCUGACUCCCACCUCCACACACCCAUGUACUUCUUCCUCUCCAACCUGUCCUUGGUAGACAUCUGUGUCACCUCCACCACCGUCCCAAAGAUGCUGGUGAACAUCCAGACACAAAGCAAAGCCAUCACCUAUGCAGGCUGCAUCACAAGGAUGUAUUUUUUCAUACUCUUUGCAGUGACAGACGACUUUAUCCUGACUGUGAUGGCCUAUGACAGGUAUGUGGCCAUCUGUCACCCACUGUACUACACAGUCAUCAUGAACCCCCGGCUCUGUGGACUGCUGGUUCUGGUGUCCUGGGUCAUGAUUGUCUCCUUAUUUUAUGGAACAAGCCUAGGAGUGUAUCUCAGUUCUGCGGCUGCCCACAGCUCACACUCAAGUGCAGCAGCCUCAGUGUUGUACACCGUGGUCACACCCAUGCUGAACCCCUUCAUCUACAGUCUCAGGAACAAAGACAUAAAAGGGGCCCUGAAACAAUUUGUUGGGAUGACAGGCAUAAAAGGUCCAGUUGUCCUAGGGAUGAGGAAGUGUCCAUGA